GGGCGGGCGGAGGCGGAGGCCGGGGCUGGCCGCCCUGCUAGCGCCCCGGACGGCCCGGCUGCUGCGCGGAGAGGAGGCCGAGUCGUGAAAAGAAUACUGCGGAAUAAGAUCUCAAGAUGACUAAAAAGCCCCCAAAUCGUCCUGGAAUCACUUUCGAGAUUGGUGCUCGUUUGGAGGCACUGGACUACUUACAGAAAUGGUAUCCAUCACGAAUUGAAAAAAUUGACUAUGAGGAGGGCAAGAUGUUAGUCCAUUUUGAGCGCUGGAGUCAUCGUUAUGAUGAGUGGAUUUAUUGGGACAGCAAUAGGUUGCGCCCCCUUGAGCGACCUGCAUUGAGAAAAGAAGGGCUAAAAGAUGAAGAAGAUUUCUUUGAUUUUAAAGCUGGGGAAGAAGUUCUGGCUCGUUGGACAGACUGUCGCUAUUACCCUGCCAAGAUUGAAGCAAUUAAUAAGGAAGGAACAUUCACAGUUCAGUUUUAUGAUGGUGUAAUCCGUUGUUUGAAAAGAAUGCACAUUAAAGCAAUGCCUGAGGAUGCUAAGGGGCAGGUGAAAUCCCAGCAUCCACUAAGCUGGUGUUGUCCUAUCGACCCAGCUGGAUCGUGUAACCAGUCUAUGGGAAGUGAGGACUGGAUUGCUUUAGUCAAAGCGGCUGCUGCAGCUGCAGCCAAGAAUAAAACAGGGACUAAACCUCGUACCAGUGCUAACAGCAAUAAAGAUAAAGAGAAAGACGAAAGAAAAUGGUUUAAAGUACCUUCAAAGAAGGAAGAAACUUCAACUUGUUUAGCCACACAAGAAGUUGAGAAGAAGGAAGAUCCACCUACUUGUAGUGAACCAUUUGGACUUCACAUAGACAACGUUCCAAAGAUGAUCUUUCCUCAGCCAGAGAGCACAUUAUCAAACAAGAGGAAAAAUAAUCAAGGCAACUCAUUUCAGGCAAAGAGAGCGCGACUUAACAAGAUUACUGGUUUGUUGGCAUCCAAGGCUGUUGGUGUGGAUGGUGCUGGAAACAAAGAAGACUGCAAUGCAACAGCUCCAGUGCUGGAGCAGGCGAUUUCACCUAAACCUCAAAGUCAGAAAAAAAAUGAAGCUGUCAUUAGCAGUUCUGCCAACACUCAGAAACCUGCACUGUUAUCCUCAACUUUGUCUUCAGGGAAGGCUCGCAGCAAGAAAUGCAAACAUGAAUCUGGAGAUUCUGCUGGGUGUAUAAAAGCCCCUAAAUCACCACUUUCCCCAGAGUUAACACAAGUGAAGGAUUUGAUGCUUGUGUCUCAGCUUUCUUCUUCAGUGAUAAAUACAACUAGUCCUCCACAGCCAGUGAAUCCCCCUAGACCUUGCAAGCAUAGUGAGCGGAGAAGAAGAUCUCAGCGGUUAGCCACCUUACCCCUGCCUGGUGAUUCUGUAGAACAGCUUUCUUCUCCCUCUCCAGCCACUGAUGGGAAAGUGUUCUCCAUCAGUUCUCAGAAUCAGCAAGAGUCUUCAGUACUACAGGCGCCUCACAUUGCACACGUGCCACCCGAGAAGCUGGGACCCUGUCUCCCUCUUGACUUAAGUCGUGCUUCAGAAAUUGCACUUCCACUAGUCCCAGAUUCUGCUCAUCAUCAUGAGCAUUCCAGGAUGGAAAAGGGAGAUGCACAGAUGUUUGUACAUCCUUCCUCUAAAGUAGUGGCCGAUGGGAGAGGAGCUCCAGCAGCAGCAGGAAUAUCGAAAAUGGAAAAAAAAGUGAAAUUGGAAGAAAAAAGUUCCACUGCAUUUGGUAAAAGGAAGGAAAAAGAUAGGGAAAAAAAAGAGAAGAGAGACAAAGAUCACUACAAACCAAAGCAGAAAAAGAAAAAGAAAAAGAAAAAGAAAUCUAAACAGCAUGACUACUCAGACUAUGAAGACAGUUCCUUAGAAUUUUUGGAAAGGUGUUCUUCUCCACUAACUCGAUCUUCUAGCAGUUCUCUGGCUCCACGAAGCACAUUCAUGGAGAAGACUUCAACUUAUCAGUACCCAAGGGCAAUUCUGUCCGUCGAUCUUAGUGGUGAAAACUUGUCAGACAUGGAAUUCCUAGACGAUUCUUCAACAGAAAGCUUGCUUCUGAGUGGGGAUGAAUACAAUCAAGACUUUGAUUCCACCAACUUUGAGGAGUCUCAGGAUGAAGAUGAUGCUCUCAAUGAGAUUGUGCGAUGCAUUUGUGAGCUGGACGAGGAGAACGGUUUCAUGAUCCAGUGUGAAGAAUGCCUGUGUUGGCAGCACAGUGUGUGCAUGGGGCUACUGGAGGACAGCAUCCCGGAGCAGUACAUCUGUUACAUCUGCCGGGAUCCUCCAGGUCAGAGAUGGAGUGCAAAAUACCGUUAUGAUAAGGACUGGUUGAAUAAUGGGAGAAUGUGUGGGUUAUCUUUUUUAAAAGAAAACUAUUCUCAUCUCAAUGCCAAAAAGAUAGUUUCCACACAUCAUCUGCUUGCUGAUGUCUAUGGUGUGACAGAAGUACUGCACGGGUUACAGCUGAAGAUUGGAAUACUAAAAAAUAAACAUCAUCCUGACCUUCAUCUUUGGGCUUGUUCUGGAAAGCGAAAAGAUGAGGAUCAAGUAGUAACUGGAGUGGAGAAAAAGAACACAGUCCAUGACACAGUUGCUGUAGAAGGAAAGAAGUACAUGCAGAACCAUAAAGAAGCCUCUUGGAAAAUAGAAGGGACUUACAUUACAAGUGAGCACAGCUACCAAAAGCCACAGAGCUUCAGCGAGGACCGCAAGUCUCUUGCAGACCCUGGGAGCUCAGAUGAUGAUGUCAGCAGCUUUGAAGAAGAAGCGGAAUUCUGUGUGGGAGGUGGAAACCAUCCACAGUACUCCACAAAAGAUCAUGGAAUGCCAGAAAAGAAUCCAGCUUCAGGGAAUAAAGCAUAUGUUUAUAAUGAUAAAAAAGGCACUGCUGACCCAGGAGACUCACAUCUUCAAUGGCAGCUCAAUCUCCUCACACACAUUGAAAAUGUGCAGAAUGAAGUCACCAGCAGGAUGGACCUUAUAGAGAAAGAAGUCGAUGUUCUAGAAAGCUGGCUUGAUUUCACAGGGGAGUUGGAGCCACCAGAUCCCCUUACAAGACUACCCCAACUUAAACGACACAUCAAACAGCUCUUAAUUGACGUGGGCAAAGUACAACAGAUAGCAACCCUUUGUUCUGUAUGACAGCGGUGAACACUUAGUGACAAGAACAUGGCUCUCUUCAGUUGAAUCAUUAUUAAGUGGAUAGCCAAAAAGCUUAGUAAAGUUUGGCCAUUUACUGAUUUAUGACAUCAGUAGUAGGGUCCCUUGGAUGGGAAAUGACCUUUAUCAAGGAAACUACCAUCAGAGAUGAAUGAGCAAGCUGCAGAUGGUAUGGUUUAUAUGCAAGGGCCUCUGAGCAGACUGACUGGGGCCUGCAGUGAAGGAAUGGUGUGUGUGAGCCUUGGGGACCCUGCAGAAAGAAACUCAUGUGCUUAAUGUAAAGUCCAGAUCCAUAAAUCAGCAUUUGUCCAAAACUGUAACAGAAAUUAAAUUCUGCAGAGUUCUAUGUUUGCUCUAAGAAUUGCCUUCUCAGCAGUUGGAUCCAGCUGCAAGAAAAUUUAGGUUAUUUAAACUUCUGUAGGAUCAUGAGCUGUUUAUUGGGUGAUGAAUGUAUUGAAUCAGAAAAUUGACAAUGGAAGUCUCACGUUUGGGGAAAACAAUUGUGGAAUUCUAACUUCAUUAUGAAUGUAUUUAAAAACACCAAAUAAUUGGAAUUUAUUGUAGGCAUUGAGUCACUAAAAACACAGUGGCUUACAGAAGGGUCUGAUGUGCCAAAUGUUGAUGGCACUGCUGGAAAGAGGCUGAAGUGCUGUGUGAUCUUCCAUGCCAAGUCUUACGUAGUGCCAUCAGCCCACACAGACCUGUGUGUCACAUGCGGGUGUGUGUGAGUGUGUGUGUGAGUGUGUGUGUGUGUGUGUGUGUGUGUCACACAUGUAGCUAAGUGGCAGUAUUCGGGCUUCCAUAUAUAGUUUGAUCCUGGAUAUGCUUGCUGUUUGCCUUCAGAGAAAAAUUAUAUGUGACCUCAGCUGGGAUGAGGAGUGACAAAAAAAUGAAAAUAAUCUGUAGCUGUGGAUUUUUUUAACUGCUAGUAGUGGAAUACUGGAAAAGCUUCGUUUCUGAAGAUGAAUUUUAUUUUUGAAAGAUACGUACGCACUCAAAAUUUUUAGCUUUGAUCACAAAUGGACAGAUUUCUCACAAAUGGACAGAUUUCUGAAACCAAAGGCAACUAAGUUGCUGACUCAGCUCUUGCUGGAUAUUUUUUUUUUUUUUGAGCCUAGAUCCUACUGUCUGCCAGUCCUCAAGUGAGUUGUACACACCCCAAGUUCUAAAUGCGCAGUUAUGCGUGUGUAUGCUUGUUUAAACAAACAUGCAACGUACAUAUGUACAUAAUCAACAUAUAUUUAUAUCACACAUAUCUAGUUUUAUUACUAUAGACUAUACAAAUUGAUGGUUAACAUGAAAUGUUACCUUUUAACAGACUGUUUUUAAAAAUUAAAAUGUAUGUACAGGUUUUGAACUUUUUUUAAAGGGGGAAUAAAAGACUGUUAAGAGGAGGCUCUUUGAUGACAUUACACUUGAAUACUUUAUGCCUCGUUCUGUUUAUCAGUUCUAGCGAUCUGUAUAAAUGCAUUUUAGAACUGAUAGACAGUGAACUUGAAUUUAUCUUUGAUAACAAUACAUGCCACUGUACAUUCAGAUAUUAUUUAAAUUUGCAAACACACUGUUCUAUAUGUAAGGUACUGUAUGUAAAACUUUAUUAAAACUAUUCCACAUAUUCUAAAAUUUCAGCCUGCCUUUCUGUGGCCUUAUGUUUUGAUGUGUAGAUUAAAAGAAUGUGUAAAACAGUAAGAAAUUGUUAUUGCCUUGUGAGAUUCUCCCAACUUGACAAAUGUGCCAAAGAUGAGCGUACAUAAGUGUCAUCCUGCGUGUUUACUGUCAGACAUGAACUUUGUCAAAGAUCAUACUGAUAAAAGCUUUAGCAAAGGUCAUUGUGGGGUAGUUGCUUAAAUUUGCAUAUUAAAGUAAAAAUUAAAUUUGCAUAUUAAAGUAAAAAAUUAGUACCUGUA